AUGUCUGCCAGUCCUUCUCCCUCCGCUGGUGGCGAUAACAAGCCGAGCGAUCAGAUUCAUUUCCGCUUCUGUCGCGAAUGCUCCAACCUGCUCUACCCGAAAGAAGACCGCGUCAACAACCGCUUGAUGUUUACCUGCCGAACCUGCCAUGUCGGCGAGCCUGCGACGUCCUACUGCGUUUACCAGAACAAACUCAACACCCAAGUCGGAGACACUGCUGGUGUAACCCAGGAUGUGGGAUCCGAUCCUACGCUUCCCCGAUCCAACAAGCUCUGCCCGAGCUGCGGUGAAGCGGAAGCCGUGUUCUUCCAGUCUCAACAACGAUCUGCGGAAACUGGAAUGAAACUUUACUACGUGUGCUGCACGUGCGGAAAUGUCUUCGUAUAG